CUUCUUUUAGUUGAAACCCAACCAAUAAAAAAACCUACUCUCUUCUAACGCUCUUCUCCGUCACCGUCGCAACACUUCUCUAACUCACCAACAUGUCGGAUGAAGAGCAUCAAUUUGAAUCCAAGGCCGAUGCCGGUGCCUCCAAAACCUACCCCCAGCAGGCCGGUACCAUCCGUAAAAGUGGUCACAUUGUUAUCAAGAAUCGUCCCUGCAAAGUUGUGGAGGUUUCCACAUCUAAGAUUGGAAAGCACGGUCGCGCAAAGUGUCAUUUUGUUGCUAUUGAUAUUUUUACCGGCAAGAAACUUGAAGAUAUUGUGCCUUCUUCUCAUAAUUGUGAUGUUCCUCAUGUGAAUCGUACUGACUACCAGCUCAUUGAUAUCUCUGAGGAUGGAUUUGUAAGAUGAAUUUAUGUUCUUAG